AUGCGAAGCCGCAAAAGCAGAAGAAAAGAGAACGUGGAGUUUCCAAAAGUUGAAAGAAAGAAAGAAAGGACCUUUGUACCUUCCUCUGUCUCUCAUGGCAAUCAUCUUCUCUUCCUGCAGGUUCGUCAAACCCAACCAAUGGAGGAGCCAGGAUCUGAACCAGCACCAACACCACCGCCACCACCACCACCCCCAAUCUCCCUCGUCCAACCCUCCCAAAAAAAGCGUCUCAGACCCAAAGUAAUUCGUGUCUUCCGCUCCGUCUUUCGCUCCCUUCCCAUCAUAACGCCCUGCAAGUUCCCCUCCAUCCCAACCGACACCAACAACCACCAUAAAACCGUCAACAACGGCACAAAAGUCUCUGGCACCUUCUUCGGCCGCAGCAAGGGCCGAGUCAGCCUCUCAGUCCAGGAAAACCCCCGCUGCCUCCCCACCCUCAUCGUCGAGCUCUCCAUGCAAACCAACUCCUUGCAGAAGGAAAUGGCCGCCGGAAUGGUCAGGUUGGCGCUCGAGUGCGAGAAGCGUUCGGAGAAGGACAAGACCAUGAUCGCGGAGGAACCCUUGUGGGCCAUGUACUGCAACGGGAAGAAGAAUGGGUACGGCGUGCGGAGGAACGCCACGGAGGAGGACUUGUACGUGAUGGAGGUUCUGAAGGCUGUGACGAUGGGCGCCGGUGUGCUUCCGUUGAAAUCCGAGGCUGAUGACGGCGGCGGCGACGGAGGAGAGUUGGCGUACAUGCGAGCACCGUUCGAACACGUAGUGGGCUCCAAGGAUUCCGAGACUCUGUAUAUGAUGAGCCCGGACCUGCAGGGUAAUAGUGGUCCCGAUCUUACUAUAUUUUUUGUCAGGGUUUAA